UCCAUAACAUAUCUAGGCAACCAAAUGAUAAACAUUGCUUAUUUAUUACCGUCAAAAGAAACGAACUCGUAACAUAGUUCCAAUUAGUCUUUCCAACCUGAUAACAUGUCCAAAGCAACGACAAUAAAAGAGGCCCUCAAACGAUGGGAAGAACGUGAGCAGCAAAACGCCACACAGGCCACGGCCAUUGAGUUGCAAUUUCAGUGGCCACCCAUUGAGAAAAUGGACAAUACAUUGGGAACACUGGUCAAUUGUGAACGUCUCAGCCUUUCGACCAAUAUGAUUGAGAAAAUUUUCGGCUUGAAUGGCAUGAAAAAUCUUCGGGUCUUAUCUUUAUCUCGCAACUACAUUAAACAGAUAUCGGGUUUGGAAGCCGUUGCUGAAACCCUUGAAGAGCUAUGGUUGAGUUACAAUUUAAUCGAAAAACUCAAAGGCCUAUCCGCUCUCAAGAAAUUGAAAGUUUUAUACAUAAGCAACAAUCUCAUUAAGGAUUGGGCCGAAUUUAAUCGUCUACAAGAAUUGGAAACUUUAGAGGACUUGGUUGUGGUUGGUAAUCCCAUAUCUGAGGGUAUGGAUGAGGCCACCUGGCGGGCAGAGUGCAUAAAACGUUUGCCAACAAUCAAGAAAUUAGAUGGUGAACCGGUGGUAAUGAAUGAAGAGCCGACUUUAUAAAAAAUUAUGUAGUUUAUGAAUAAUGCGUUUUUUUGGUUGCGCUUUUGUCAAUAAAUUGUGUGUAAUGGAAUGUUAACAAUUGCUUAUGAAUUAUUAAUAGUUAUUUUGUUAGGUUAACAAAUGAAAUGUAAGUUUAUGAAUA